AUGUGUAGUAACAAAUUUGUAACCAUGUUUAGUUGUGGAAGUGAAGAAGCCUUAAUUGAUUCCAACAAGGAAGAGGCCAAUGAAGCAAAAAAAUCGACUGGAGAUAGAAAUGGUGCUAAUUGGGAUGACAAUCUUACCCAGCAGAAAGACACCACAUGGAGCAAAGGGAUAAUUAGUUUGGGAUUUCUUCGGGUUCAGGGUUUAAAACCUUCUAUUAUUGGAGGAUUUAGUGGAUUAUCUGCUUUUAUGGGAGUUGCAGCAACAUUUGUAUCUGCAAAGAUGAUCAAGAGAUUUGGCGUUCUAAAGAUUCUCCCUGUGCAUGCAUAUCGUGUGGUUUUGAUCUCAAUGAAGAACUGGGUAUCUCAACCAGAAAGGGAGAUUUCUUCACAAGCCACCAUCCCACUUUACGCUCGCAGUCGAGGCGAGGUGACACAUCGAUCUCUACCUCCCCUCGCCUCGCCUCGCCUCCCCUUUCCGUCGAUCUCUGCCACCUCUCCUUCCCUCUCCCUCCCCAUCCCCAUCCCCAUCCCCAUCCCCAUCCUCCCCUCUGCUGCUGCUGCUGCUACGAAAUCGCGAAUUGCAGCAUCAGCGUGA